CCACAUUCGGCGGCUGAGGUGCAGAAUCAGGCGCCUGAGGCGCCGCAUUCGGCGCCUGAGACGCCGCAUUCGGCACCUGAGGCGCAGCAUUCGGCGCCUGAGGUCCCACAUUCGGCGGCUGAUGUGCCCAAUCAGGCGCCUGAGGCGCAGCAUUCGGCGCCUGAGGCGCAGCAUUCGGCGCCUGAGGUGCCGAAUCGGGUGCAGAAUCAGGCGCCUGAGGCGCCGCAUUCGGCGCCUGAGACGCCGCAUUCGGCACCUGAGGCGCAGCAUUCGGCGCCUGAGGUGCCAAAUCGGGCACCUUGCUGCCGCUGCCUGACGCUGGCUGCUGCGGGCUGCUGGCUGCUGCGGGCUGCUGGAUGCUGA